AUGGUGGUCCAUGUAGCUCUUGCCCAGGGAUCCAAUUGUCAAGUCUCAGUCCUGACGCGAGACACCUCAUCGUCUUCAAGCCACGCCUUGCAGUCCGCAUUCCCGACCGUCAAGCUUCUGCAGGGCUCGUACACCACCGGGGCCGGUCUGCGUACCGCUCUCGCCGACCAGGACGUGGUCUACUUCAACAUCGACAGCUUCAGUGUCGGCGAGCCGUUCGAGUAUUUCUGGACCUUUCGCGCCUACGAGAUUGCGGUCCAGAGUAACGUCAAGUGGUUAAUUUACGCUGGCACGGGUCCGGUCGACAAGUUUGUCGCCCAUGGCUUCGCCGAAGAAUAUCGCAACAGCCACAACCUGGUGGCGGGACGGCUGACCGGCUGGCUCACCGCACAGCCCUUGGACCGGCUCGCCUGGUCGAUCAUCAUCGGCGGGGUGUAUGCCGAGAUGUUGAAUCGAUUGUUGAAGCCCGUCCCGCGCGGGGACGGAUACGUGUUCCAGUUGCCGCUGCACAAGGAAUCGGUCAUGCCGCUGGUUCCCCUGGACAACUACGGUGAGACGGUCAAGUGGGCACUGGAGCACCCACGCGAGAGCGUUGGGAGACUCGUCUCCGCCAGCCCGUUCCAGGUGACCUUUGACCAAGUGGCCGAGGCGCUGGAGCAAUACACCGGCAAGAAGACGGAGUUCCAGCCCGUGACGCUGGCCGCGUGGAUGGAGCACGUCUCCGCGAGCAUCGACCCCGAGGCCAGAUUGCCGCGGAACGCGGCGUCGGACGACACGACGGCCUUUACAUUUCGCACAUCGUUUGGUGCGCGGUGGAGCAUCUGGCGCGACAAUCGGGUCCGUGAGACGAAAGGAGAUGGUUCUCCGCAGCAGCAACAGCAACAGCAGCAGUGGGCAGAGGUGCCCCCGGGGUUGUCCAAAUACGAGACGUUGCAGGAGUGGAUGGUGGGCGUCGAGUAUAAUCCGGCUCACUUCUCAACGAGCUUCAAGGGCAAAUCAAAUUAUGAGGAGGGAGUUUGA